GAACACCGAAGGAGCUCCAGUAACAUCAGGAUUACCACCAUGUCUGCAGGGUUGGAGUUAGUGGGGAUCGCUCUAUGCGUAUUAGGAUGGAUCAUUGCCAUCGUGUCCUGCACCCUGCCCAUGUGGCGAGUAACGGCCUUCAUCGGCAGCAACAUUGUCACGGCUCAGAUAAUCUGGGAGGGUCUGUGGAUGACCUGUGUGGUCCAGAGCACAGGCCAGAUGCAGUGUAAGGUCUAUGACUCCAUGCUGGCUCUCUCCCAGGACCUCCAGGCCGCCAGGGCCCUCACGGUCAUCUCCAUCCUCCUGGCCAUCCUGGCCGUGCUCAUUGCCAUCACCGGCGCCAAGUGCACCAACUGCAUCGAGGACGAGGCAUCCAAAGCUAAAGUCAUGAUAAUCUCUGGGGUGUUCUUCAUCGUGUCAGGAGUCAUGCAGCUUAUCCCAGUGUCCUGGUCGGCCAACACUAUCAUCAGGGACUUUUACAACCCGCUGCUGACUGAUGCACAGCGCAGAGAGCUAGGGGCAGCGCUCUACAUUGGCUGGGGGGCCUCAGCCCUUAUGAUCCUCGGGGGAAGUCUCCUCUGCUACUCCUGUCCCCCUCGGGAGUACAACCCCUCACAGAUGGCAUACUCUGCCCCAGGCUCUGCCCCAGGUGGGCCCGGGUUCCAGAGAAAAGACUAUGUGUGAUGGGAUGAUGGAUGGGACAAGGACUAUUUAUGUAACAACAAAAACGUUAUUCUACACCUGUUUCUAAGGGUGUGUCUAAGAAAGGGCUUCAUGAAUCCCAAGGAGACUCCGGGAUGAAGGGAUGUGUUUGUUUCUGCUUUUUUUUACCAUUGUUUUGUUGGAUUUGUCUAUGUGUGUACAGUAUUUGUCUCUAUAAUAUCUAUUCUGAAAGGAAAGCAUAGAAAUUCUGGCUGUGUAAGAAAAACAUUUGAGAAGGAUCAUGUUCUUUUCAUUUGGGUUUAGUGAGAACAAAGGAAAUGAAGAAUAAGAUCAGUAGUUAGUAAAUGUAUUAAUUAUUAAAAAGUUUUAAGCGUUGGAUUAUUGGUGAGCUAUGCAUAUUCAUUGAAACUAUAGCAAGCUCAUUUAAACACAUUCACAAGCCUCAUAUAAUUAUUUACAUAAUGUUUGUACUUUUUUGAAUAUUCCUCUCUAAGAUGUUAGUCAUUGAGUCCAUUAAUCACUAACAUUUAAUUAUUUUCCUAGCUUCAGGCAACUACACUACAUCAAAUGAUAUCUUGUAGAAUAUUCAAUCACUAUCUUCUCAUUGACAUUUCUCUAUGUUAUUGGCUCAUAUAAAUGAGGCAUUGCUUAGGCUUCAGAAACUAAGGAACACUAAAAAGACAUUUGACUGAUGCUUUCACAAAAAGAUAGAGGUGGAAAGGUUUUUAUUUUACUGCAAGAAUGCAAGAAUACAGUAGAGUGUACAGAAUCAGUAUGUUCACAUCGUUUUUUAAGGAACUAUGUUUCUUUUUUAUGUAGGAUUUUUUUUUUAUGUUGGGAAAUGCAUUUGGGAGGGCAUCUGUGUGAUGGUGAUGUUCUAUCAUCAGUGUUAAGGGUGUGACUGUGUGAUGUACUCAUCUGUUUGGACCUGAGCAAGAGGAGCGGCUGCCUUGGCAGCAGCUACCGUAAUUUCCGGACUAUAAGCCGCUACUUUUUUCCCAGGCUUUGAACCUCGCGGCUUAAACAAUGACGCGGCUAAUAUAUGGAUUUUCCCGCUUUCAUAUAUAUACAAAAAUUUAAAAAACACAUUCUGUGACGUGCUCUGUUUUUUGGCGGCAUGAAGCUUUCUUUAGACCAAUGAAAUUGCCGAACGGGUUA